AUGAUUGAAGAUUUAGAAAAUCAAAAAUACCAACUAAUUGAAGUGCAGUGUAUAUAUGGAUGUUACGUGCAUUCAGCCAUUCUUCCUACAUUUCAUCGUCGUUGUUAUUGGUUAUUGCAGAAUCCUGAUAUAGUACUAGUGCACUAUCUGAAUGUCCCUUACAGUGAUGACAACAAACUUUUGGUUACACCGAGUCUCAGUUACUGUGCUGACAAAAAGGAAUGGACAAAGGAGGAACUGGUUUCUCAAUUGAAACCUAUGUUUUACAGUGAGAAUGAACCUGAUCUGAACAAUGAGUUGGAGAUCUCAACUGCAGAGACUGUAGAGGCAAUAGUGCAACAGUUGAUGGAGAAACAGCGUGCCAAGUCCAAUGCACGAACACAUGAAUGUGCUUGCGACAAUGCUACCAAGGGAAAUACUUCAACAACUGAUAAAAAAUGCACUCAUACCUUUCACAGAAUCAUAUCUCCUAAAACCCAUUCCCGAGGCGUAUUAGCUGCAGUGAGCACAGCUGCUGCAAACUCUUCAACCUUAUCAUCAACCACAACAACUCAAGUCUCAUCCACAGCUACAACGGUUUUGACAACACCAACAACAUCUGCCAAAUCUGAAGAAGCCCCAACCAAAAGAGCCACAGUAUCUGCAACUGUUGCUGUCUCUGGUGUUACUCCACGACCUGGGAGUGUGAUACUGGCUCCAUGUCGUCCAAUCCUUCAGGAUGGAAAACAUGAAGUUGCCAUAACUGCAGGCAAUCAUGGGUCUGGAAAUGGUUCUGCAACAGCUGCUACAUCUCUUAUUUUAAAUUUAUCACAACUGCAAGGUGGAGGAGGCCUUCUCAUUUUAAACAGUGCAGCAGCAGCAUCAGGUGUUGGUCUGACUUCAGCUUCAGUGACACCUGUCACUUUUUUGUGUGGACAAGAUACAACUGCUGCAACAGCUGUCAGAAAUAUAACUACUCACACUUUGCAUAGUGCAAUGGAUACAUCGGAUGGUUCUAACUCAUCAACAAAGCCCAUCAAAAAGCAGUCACCAACUGUUAAAGCUGAACUUGAAGAAGGUUUGGAAUGUGCUCUGAAAAGAGAUGUUAAUUUUUCAAAUGUUCCAACAAGCAAGGACCCUGAUUUAUGUAGUGUCAUGGACGAGCUGUCUUCAGAGACAAAAGACUUACCUUUGAAUCUCUUUGAAGACAAUUUAGCCAUGUCACAUGAUGAUAUCCAACGUACUCUACUAGCCAACAUGCCUCCUCCGCCCAAGUACAUUGUUCCAGAUUCAACCAGCUCUCAAAUCUCUGUGAAAUUAGAACCUCCUCAUCCAUCAGAUAAUGUGAUAGUGGAUUUAAAUCCUAUGGACUUUAUCGACAAUGACAUUUCAACACCUGAUGAAGAAGUCUUUAAUAUGGAUACAUUUGAUAUAUUGAGUGAUCUUCCUAAUCUUGAUGACCUGAACCCAGACCUUGCUCCAAGCAGUGGCUUAUCCAGCAGCAGCUCCUCAACACCUAUCAGUACUGCUUCCUUUGCUGGCAAACCUUCAGCGAUGGAUUACAGAGAAGGAACUGCAAACAUCACUGAUUAUUCCCCUGACUGGAGUUAUCCUGAGGGUGGUGUUAAGGUUCUUGUCACAGGACCUUGGUAUUCAUCCUCAUCUCCUUACAGUAUAUUAUUUGAUGGAAUUAGUGUGCCAACUACUUUAGUUCAAAGUGGAGUUCUUAGGUGUUAUAGCCCUCUUCAUGAACCAGGAAUGGUGUCUCUUCAAGUUGCCUGUGAAGGAUUUGUCAUAUCAAACUCAGUAUCUUUUGAAUACAGACGAAGACAAUCUGCUACUAAUAUAAAAUCAGAAGAUUGGUUUUUUGUUGAAGAUAGUACACUUAAACUUUCUGUCUUGGAAAGGCUAGAAAAAAUGGAAACGAAAUUGUCAUUUAGCCUAGAUAAUUCUGCUGCAGGAUUAACUACAAACAGUGUUGUACAAAAUGUAAGUGAUGAGCAAAAGUCUUUUGAAGAUCGCCUUGUAACACUUUGUCAAAAAUUCAUGACUGGUAGCUGGACACAACAAGAUGAUGUGAAACCCAUAGAAACCACAACAUGUUCUGACCUUACACUGCUGCAUUUGGCAGCUGCAUUGGGUUUCUCACGUCUGGUUUGCACACUUUUGCACUGGAGAACAGAAAACUCAUCAUUGGUGCUUUGGAGAGAAGUUGAUGCAUUGAGCCAAGAUAACAGAGGCUGCACUCCUCUG